CAGAGGAUUUGUUUUUGUCCCUACAUGGAGCAAAACCUCAAUAACAAUAACGAAUUUCUGAAGAUCAAGCAGAUUUUUCUCCAGUAUUUUUUAGGGGUCGACCUCGGGCUUACUGUGAGAUACACGUAUUUAGUCUUCCGAGGUUUCAAACCAUUUAAAUUGACCAUCGAAAAUCUUCACAUUGCUUUUAUACAUUCUUUUCCCCUGCAAGUGAGAAAUCAUGGAGUGCAAAGAAAGCUCUUGUUCAGCCAGUUCCCCUGUAAACUCUCGCCCAGGUGGUAUAGAAUUUGAGAUGAAUCUCGACGAUUCGUGUUCUCAGAAGAGAAAUCCUUUUAAAAGUCGUCGAUUUGGUCCUAUGAAAUCGAGUGGGAAAAUGUCCAAAGAGAAUGAUUUUCAACAUAGGAAUCCAUCACCAACAUCACACGAGAGCAAAACAGAGCCAUCAUUGGCUAUCGAGGACUGCAAGGCAAAUGGUUGUCACACAGCUAUAGCAUUUAGCAUCCCAGUCAAGAAAAGCCCCCAGAAACGCACUCCACCCAGUCGUCUGAGAGGCAAAGUUGACCAGAGGAGGGAGGUGACGAUGGCAGCACUACAAGAGAAACAGCGAUUGGCUGACGAGCGAAGAAAGAAAAGGGAAGAGGAAAGAUUGGAUAGAAUCCACAAGCGCCAAGAGGCUGCAAGGAAGCUGGCACAGAAUGUUGACAUCAUUUUACAGCAAAGGGCGUUUGCUCAAGGCAACAAUGCUACUAAUAUUCAACCCAUGACUCAGCAAGAUUUAUAUUCUACUGCCAAGCAGAUAAAGCAUGACUUCUUCAUGCUCAAAUGCCAACUACGAAAAGAUUUAACUGUUGAAAAUGAAAAAAAGGCAUCACACAAUGAAACCUCUCACAACAAAAACAUUGACGAAAAUCAGAACUGUAAGCAGGGUAUAAAGAAAAGACACGACAGUGGAUCAGUUAGUAUCUCAUUUGAGGUCAAACUUGAUGAUGUUGAGUGCAAAAAUAAAUGUGCACCACCUCCGAACUUAACUAGUGCAAGGAAAUUAAAGAAAGAACAAGUUGAUCAUUUUAAUCUGGAGGAGAAACAGCGGAAAGCUGAAGAGAGAAGAGAUAGGCGUAUGCGGGACAGAGUUAGACGAGCCCGGGAAAACCGAGAGUCUCUUAUGACAAUGGCCAUGAAGAUGGAGAAAUUGAUGAAGCAUGAGGCUGCUGUUAGUGGAUAUGAUGAUGAAGGUCAAAAAUUAGCCAAAGAGGAAGUAGUCAUGUUAGCACACGAGAUUGCUGAUGGGUUUGACCGAAUUGGACAAAGAUAUGAUGCUGAUUUGCAAAGAGCAAGGAAUUUCUUUGUUCCUCAGCCUCUGGGAAUACCAAAGAAAUGAUUUUUUUAACAUUACUCUUUAAGAUGGUUUUCAAAAAGGGUUUUAUGGUUGAAGUAAUGUUAUGUUUUUGAUAAUCAUUAUUUCGAUGUCUAAAAGAAUUGUAAAUAUGUAUUUAUAUACUGUACAUUAAGACAAGGCAACAUUUUGCUGUUAUCUGUGUGUGUUUUGUUAUGGUUAGGAGUGUGACAACUUUACCGUAUCUUUUUGAUAAAGUGUGAAAUGUGAAUUGCGAUAGAUUAGGAAUAAACCGAGGGAUUAUCUCCUAUUCCCAGGUA